ACAAAAGGUAUAGAAACAAAUUUGCAGAGGCCGUUCCCUCUCCAACACAAAUUGUGAUCGAAACCGUUUCUCUCUCUUUCUCUCUCUCUCAAGCGUAAACCGAAAAAGGAAUACAGCGGCACCAACUAAGAGCAAGGCCAGUACAUAAUGCACUGACCUGUCUCCAUUAUUUUUCAAUUUCAUUCUAUCGUUUAAAAAAAAAAAGUUGAUAUUGAAAAUUCAGUGGGGAUUAAUGCUCGCAGUGAAGCAUGAGAGAGGAAUCGAGGCAUUCUCCAUGGAAGACGCAGAAUUUGAAGAGGAUUUGGUCGACACCAUUAAUUUCGACGACAUUCUCAUCGGAAUCGGAGACGGCGACGUGUUGCCUGAUUUGGAAAUCGAUAACGAAUUCUUCGCCGAAUUCUCAGGCUCCGAAUCUGACACGAAAUUAGAGACUGAAAAUAAUUCGCGAGCAGAUUCAGUUUCCGAUGUCGAUUUGGUUCAGAAACCCGAACCGGAAGUGAAGGAUCCGGAUUUGAAAGAAGCUGACGACAGGAGCAAGAUAUCGUCGUCGUUUCGCUGUAAAAACCCACCGGGGAAGAAGAAAACCAAGGUGGAUUGGACGCCGGAAUUGCACCGGCGGUUCGUGCAGGCGGUGGAGCAGCUAGGGAUUGACAAGGCGGUGCCGUCGAGAAUUCUGGAAAUCAUGGGGAAUGACUGCCUUACACGCCAUAACAUUGCCAGCCAUCUUCAAAAAUAUCGAUCUCACUGGAAACAUGUGCAAGCGCGGGAAGCUGAGGCAGCUAGCUGGGGCCGGAGGCGGCAGAUGUACGGAACCACGGCAGAUGUGAAUCCUUGGGUUGCACGUACUAUUGGCUUUCCUCCGGCAACACCGAAUUUUAGACCCUUACAUGUAUGGGGUCAUCCAUCCGUCGACCAAUCAUUGAUGUACACGUGGCCUACACACUUGCCUCAGCCGCACGCUUGGCCUUCGCCACUGGCUGACCCAUCAUCCCUUUGGCAUCCACAUCACCAAUAUGUUCCGCCGCCGAGCACAAUAUAUUUUCCGCAGCCGCAAUUUCAACCUACGUUUGUUUCCUUGCAGAGAUUUCCACGGCCGCCCACCGGAGUACCGGCCGUGCAGCCGCCUUCCGAUGUUCAUCCGUCAAAAGAGAGCAUAGAUGCAGCCAUCGGAGAUGUUCUAAAGAAACCAUGGCUGCCGCUGCCACUUGGAUUAAAGCCCCCGUCCAUGGAUAGUGUGAUGGUUGAACUACGACGCAAAGGGGUAUCAAAAAUACCUCCCAAUUAGCCCUUGAUUAUUAAAAUGAUUCCAACUUCUCUUCCCAAUAAAUAUGCUACUAGCACUAAGAUUAGGCCUCUGGAAUGGUAGCGGAUAUGUUCAAGUUCAUCAUAUAGGGAGAUUAUGCUAGUUUUAUAAGAGUAUUAAGAUUCUUCUAUUGGUUGUUAGUACAAAGUGGGCUUGCUUCAAUAGUACUACAAGCAAGUGUGCGUAUUUGGUCACUACCACUAGAAGAAUUGUAUUACAAAAUUGGGAACUCACAACAUAAUGAAUACGACCUAACUCCACAUGUAUCUUCAA